AUGAAUUUCAAUUAUCCAGAUUUCUUGAAUAAUCCGAAUCCGGGUAAUAAUCAAUCGAAAAAUCAAAAUGAUCAACCAGUUCAAGAAGAUCCAUUAAAUAACAAUCAUUUUAAUGAUAUUCUAUUUAAAAAAUUAUCGAAUUUAGAACUUGAUCCAAAUGUUCAACAGCCUCAACAUAACUAUCAAUAUUUUGAUAAUCAAUACAAUUAUUCAAAUGAAGAUAAAAUGUAUUUAAAUACUCAUCCUCCAUUUGCUUCUAAUUUUAACUUUCAGUUUCUACCAGAAUCUUUUAAUUUACCUUUAGAAUUACAAGGUGGUAUAGGUACAAUUUCUUCCAGAAGACCCUCUUAUGCUGCUGAAUCUUUCACUAGAUCUUUCAUAACUCCACCUCCUUCAAAUUCUUUAGAUAUUCAAAAUCCAAAAAAUUCUUUGGCAUCGUUUGCUGCGGCUAAUAAUUUUAAUAACCUACCUCAACAACUUCUGCAACAGCAACAGCAGCAGCAGCAGCAGCAACAACAACAGCAACAACAGCAGCAACAACAGCAGCAGCGUCGUCCAAGUCAACUAGUCAACUUUACUUCAUACUCCAAUGAACCAAAAGAUUUAAUUAAAUUAGAAAAUGGACUCAUUUUAAAAGAUCAAUACAUAAUGGCUUCACAAGAUUUAAGAAACCUCUUCAAUAAAACAACAAAAUACUUUCAAGAUGUUAAUUUAAGUCAAACGAUUAUAAAUAAUUUGAAGACCUUAUUAAAUAAUCCAACAAUUAUCAAAUUGAUUAACUUUAUUAAGAAUUUAAACAACUUAAAUUUCAAUAAUAAAAUGCUCUGUCUAGUUAUCAAUAAAAAUGGGAAGUUUGAUUUACUAAGUUAUCCAAAUAAUUCCAAUAUUUUUCUACAAAAAAAUGAUUUAGUUAUUGUUGAUGGUGAUAGAGGGAAAGAUUUAGUAAUGAUAUUAGAACCUUUUAUUAAUCUAAAUUUCGCCAUCUUAUUCAAUUUUUUGAAAAAAUUUGAACAUUUGAAAUCAUUAACCAUUAUUGAUAAUCAAAAUAUUUCAAUUAAGAAAAAUUCUGGUGGUACCCAUUCAACUUUAAUAAAUGCAUCGUCAAUAAUUAAUAAUCAUUCAAAUGAAGAUAAUGAAUUCAUUAUAACUCUUCCAACAAAACAAGUAUUGAGGUUUGCAACUCCAAAAGAAAUUCAUAAAAUAAGUGGCAAAUUCUUAGAAGAGAAAAAAGCUUAUAUUACUUGCUUUAAUAAAAUAAAAGAAUUAAAUUUGAAUAAUGAUUUAGAAUUAAUUAAUGUUGAAUAUCAAUCAGAUUUUAAAAAAUUAAUCUUUUAUUAUUUUGCUAAUUUUAAAAGAAUUGAUUUUAGAAAUUUAAUCAAAGAAUUAUUUAAAAUUUAUAAAACUAGAAUUUGGUUAUGUGCGGUUUUACCAUUUAAUAAACCAAAAUUGUUUGUCAUUGGUAAUUUGAAAUCAGUACCUUCAAAUAAUGAUUCAAUAGUUCCAAAAGAAUAUGAUUUAUCAAAUGAGCAAAUUUUAAAUUUUUCAAUUAAUGAAUUUAAUAAUUUAAAUGAUUCAAAUUAUUUCCACCUGAAAAAUUUAUUCUACUUAAUUAAUCAUUUAGAAAAUGAAAUUAAUGGAAAUUUUUACGGUUUUAAUGAUAUUAAUUCAAAUGAUAAC